CAGGUAAUGAAUGAAUUCCUUUAGCCUGUGUUUGAUUAUUCCGUUGUUGCUGUGCUGCCUUUCGAGUCUGGCAGCCUCGGGGACUUUUGCUGACAGGUCUUUUCCCGAAAUCGCCGGUCCGGGGAUCAAAGCCCGAAAGUUAGCUGCCCACCGCCGUUCCCGUAUGAGAAUCAGUGGCAUUUCAAUAAGGCUGUGUCUUUUUACAAAUUGCAGAGUCAGUGGUUUGAAGUCAAGAGUUUAAUGAACCUGAUCUCCUGUAUGAAGUAAAAAAAACUAUCCACGUUGAGAGUUU